UCUCUCUCUCUUACUCCUCACAAAACCUUGGAAGAGAGAGAAAGUUCGAAAAAAGAAAAGAAAAAGAGAAGAGGAGAAAAGGAGCCAACGAAGAAAAUAACUUUUUUGUUUGGAGAGAGAGAGAAGGGAGUUGUUUGGUUCCUCGGAAUCUAUCUGUUAGUCCUUCUCUCUUUCUCGUCUGAAACUUUCUCGAGAAACUACCCAGAAAAGAGAAACAGCCCAAAAGAAAGAAAUUUAAAAAAGAACUGCAAAUUUGGGAGAGAGAGAGAGAGAGAGAGAGAGAGAGAGAGAGAGAAGGAUUACAACUUUUUGAAGUUUGGAAUUGUUAAUUAUGGAGUUGGAUAGUAUUGAAUGUGUGUCAUCCUCAGAUGGGUUAGAUGAGGAUGAGAUCCAUCACCACAAUCUGCAUAAUCAUAAUAAUAAUCAUCAUCAUCAUCUCCACCAUCAAUUUCCCUCAUCAAAGUCUUACAAUGCCACAACCAACAACAACAAUAAUAACAACAACAACAACAAUAACACACACAAUGUUGUGGGUCCAACAUCGAUCGCUCCUGCCACUAGUGUUCAUGAGUUGCUUGAAUGUCCUGUUUGUACUAAUUCUAUGUAUCCACCUAUACAUCAGUGUCAUAAUGGACACACACUGUGUUCCACCUGUAAAACAAGGGUACAUAACAGGUGCCCUACUUGUAGACAAGAGCUUGGAGAUAUUAGGUGUUUGGCACUGGAGAAGGUAGCCGAGUCACUUGAAUUGCCCUGCAAAUAUUAUAACUUGGGGUGCCCAGAGAUAUUUCCAUAUUACAGUAAACUUAAGCAUGAGGCAGUUUGCAACUUUAGGCCAUAUAAUUGCCCUUAUGCUGGAUCAGAAUGUUCAGUUGUUGGAGAUAUUCCUUUCCUAGUUUCUCAUUUGAGGGAUGACCACAAGGUGGACAUGCACACAGGAUGUACUUUCAACCAUCGUUAUGUGAAGUCAAAUCCCCGUGAGGUGGAGAAUGCCACUUGGAUGUUGACGGUCUUCCAUUGUUUUGGCCAAUAUUUCUGCCUUCACUUUGAAGCCUUCCAGCUUGGCAUGGCGCCUGUUUACAUGGCAUUCCUCCGUUUCAUGGGUGACGAGACUGAGGCACGUAAUUAUAGCUACAGCCUUGAGGUUGGGGCCAAUGGCAGGAAGCUUAUUUGGGAGGGUACACCAAGAAGUGUCCGAGAUAGCCACAGGAAGGUAAGGGAUAGUCACGAUGGUCUCAUUAUUCAAAGAAAUAUGGCUCUUUUCUUCUCUGGAGGGGAUAGGAAGGAACUGAAGCUUAGAGUUACUGGGAGGAUAUGGAAGGAACAACAAAAUUCUGAAGCUGGUGUGUGCAUGCCAAACCUUUGUAGCUAAAGCAAGUGAUUUUUGAUAACAUUUUCAAGAUUUGUGUGUGGGACUGUUUCUUCUUGUUGUGUUGUAUGUAUCUCACCCAUCCUCUGUCCUGGAAUGUUGUGAUGAUGGAUGGUAGUCUUUCACUAUACAACUUGUAUAAUAAGCAGCUUUUCUUUUGUCACAUUUCCCUUCAUCUUUUUGGUCUGAUAAGUACCAAAGAGAGAUGAAGCCGAUUUUUGGAGUGUGUUUUUUGCUUAAAAUUGCUCGCCUCUGUAAAUGAUGAUAUAAGUGCUGUUUGGACUUUGGA